AUGGGAAGCAGAGCAAAGCUUUUGCUUCCUCUCCAUGUUCUCAUCGUUUACUUCGUAUCAUUUGAAACUUAUGUCUCCAUUAAAAUGGAUACAAACGCCAUGUAUCCAGGCCAAUCACUCUCUGGUGUCUGGUACAGCCUAUCAGUUGAUAUUGUGGUGUGGGUGGCUAACAGAGAUGAGCCACUCCUUGAUCCUUUCGGUUGGAAACUCGAGCUCACCGAAAAGGGUAGCCUUGUUCUUUACAACCAAUCUGCAAUCCCAGUUUGGUCGUCAUCAAACACCGUGUAUGAUUUCAUUGUUGCUGUUCUUGAGGAUUGUGGGAAUCUUGUUUUGAGAAAUGGUUCGAGUUCGAGCUCUUCGGUCAUAGUAUGGGAAAGCUUUGAUCAUCCUACUGAUACAUGGUUGCCUGGUGCCAAGCUUGGUGGAAGUAAGAUGAACAGGAAAGGGCAAAGUCAAAGCUAUGUUUCUUGGAGCAGUUCGAAUGAUCCUUCGCCUGGACCGUUUUCCCUGGUGCUCGAUGGAGCUGAGGAGUAUCAUGUACUAAAAAAUGGGCAUAGGCACUGGACUUGUAAUUGGCUUGAGAGAGUUUCCUCUUUUAGUACUGAAACAGUGGAUGACAAGUAUACCACCAUGGAAUAUGUUUCGAAUAAGGAAGAGAAUCUACUCGGUCACCAGCCCCUCGAUUCCUGUAAGAUUUAA